AUGCCUUUCUCGCCGCCGUCUUCACAGUCUCCUUGCCAUCUUCCUAUCCACUCCUUGCUCUCUUCUCUCCCCUCAGAACGAAAGCGUAAACACACACGCACACGCGCGCACACACACACACACACACACACGUCCAUGCGUACCAUGGCUCUGUCCUCCCUGUAUCCCUCGCAGCACCGCACUCUGCGGGUGCUCGAGCUUGCCUGCCCCGACUCCGACGCAGACGUGCGCGAGAACUGCGCUUACCUCGUAUCAAAGCGUCGCAUGACGAUCGACGAAGCAAUCGAAUAUGUGAAGGGCGAAGCGGAGAGGGGUAAGAGCACCGCCACCACCGCGAUCACGACGACGACACCGUCGCUGGAAAGACCUACCACAAUGAGUGCAACGCGAAGCGCCGUGGCAGCGCCAGUUGCAGCUUCAGCAGCCUCCUCGUGCAGCCCGUCUAGGUCAUACCUACCACCGCCGUCCUGUCCGCAUCCGCGUGCUUGUGAGCGCGAGGGCAGCGACGCUGGCGCCGACAAGGUCGGGACGACUUAUUAUCAAGGGUACCGGUCAGUGCGCACGCGGCUGUCGACAGCCACGGAAGGCACCACGACCGCGACAUGCGCGGUGCCGGUCUCGGCGAGACCAACGGCAGCACAGCCGUUGACAGCGGGCACACCUCACAGGAAUCGCACACCGGCUCGCAGUACGAUACGCUGGCAGUGCACACAGGGGGCAUCCGCCCUGACGGUGACGCCGCCUGUGGGCGAGACGAGCCCUCAAACGCUAGUGAAAGGGCACAGUGAACACCGGGUCUCGGAUGGUACGGCUGAUGGUGUGAUCGGGUCGGAGGCGACUGAGUCACGCCCGCGUAGCCGAGGGCGACUGGGCCAGAACGACGGUGAACUGGCCGAUCUUCGCGAGGCCUCCGCGCCGAUGGCUGAGGGGCAGCUCGAUGAAUUGAGCGCGCCACACGUGCUCGCACCAACGACAGCGCGUAAGAGUCGCGAAUCAGCCGCGGCGGCGCCCACCGUGAGAGCGCCACCUGCGUUGAAGCCAGGGCGGGAUGCGUACAACGGCGAUGCGGCGACAGCUGCAUCUACCCCCCCGUCUACUGCGACUCUUCUUCAGAGACGGCCGCUGCCACCCUGCUCUUCGGCGGUACCCUCUUUGGCCUACGCAGGUGGCCGCGACGGCGCAGCGGACGACGGCGCAUCGCGCAAGGCGGCGGAGCGGGGGGACGCAGAUGAGGGAUACUGCGGCGCUGAGCCGUGGCUCUCGGAGCUGAAGCAGACCACGGAGGAGGAGCGCGCCGCCUUCGAGUCACAACAGGCUGACAUGAUGUACUACUGGUACCGCGACGAAACCUCCAUGUUUGACGACUGCCUCUCGCGCUACGGCCCUGGGCAGGUGUUGUUCUUCAUGACGAGCAUGACCGGCGAGCGUGCGGUGCGGGACUGUUGCCGGCUUAUGGAGAACUUGCUCUUCAUCAAGCUCAUCCCGCACCACACCAUCGACAUCGCCGAUAGCGAGUUCUUCCACCGACGUGUGCGAAGGCUGUACAGAAGUGCAACCAAUAAGCACAACAUGCCAGGGAUGCCGCUCCUUUUCGUGGACACGAAGCUGAUCGGCGACUUCGUCACAGUGCAGGAGCUGGAGGACUGUGGUGAACUCGAUGCGAAGAUGAUCGAGGCAGGCUGCCGAGUGCUGCGCCGGCGUAUCGUCGACGCGCACCAACGGCAGCGUGCUGGUUACGCAGCCGUGCCUCUGCUGCUGCCCGUGAACAAGAGGUCUGCGGCAGAGAGCACUGAUCCAGGUAAGCCCUCUUCUUCUGCCCUGUCGGUGCUUCGAGACCCAACGUAA